AUGAGCGGUCAGUUGAAUAUUACGGUAAGACCAGAAGCACGUUUAGAUGCAAAAUGGUUAAAGACAGAUCUCAGACGGCUUCAAUGUCGGGAUGGACUUGCCGAGCUGUGGAAUGGAAUGGUACGGGAUGGAGAAAUUGUUGGAGCAUUCAGCGAUGGGUUGAUAAAUUCUGCUGGUGUUGUAGCACGAAAAGGUGACAGUGGGCAUUACUACUGUAAUCUAAGAGUACUAUCCUGCCCAUGCUGUGACGGAAUAUGUGGUCCGCAAAGCGGGUGUAACUGCACCCCCUGUCAAAAUCUGGAUGAAGAAGAAGCGGCUCGAGCGACUGCGCUGGUAGAAAAAACAGUUCCAGCUCAAAAUAUAAUAGACUCUUGGCUCUGGGGAACGCAGCCAUCUUCCCAAGACUGGGUGAUCUGCAUCCAAUCUCUGAUAAAAGAGCAAACUGCAUUAUGUCACGAAGUUGCCAACAGCACACUGUCUUCAACGCGUCUACGUCAGCGGUUAGUUGUAGCGCGUCGUUACUUCACUGCCUUGUCUCGACACAAACCCCAAGAAAAUAAAGACUUUGUCGUCACCAAGACUGUUUUAAAACCCAUAUCCUCGUCAAAAGUAUGCACCAAGCCUACAGAAAAAGCCGCCGUAGGUCUAGCUCGCGUAGGAACUCGUGCUGCGCUGAAUUUUUCCUUCGCAUACCUACGGCGUGCUUGGAGAUCCGGCGAGGACAUUGAAUUCUGCAGCGAGAUCCUCUCUGAGUCUCUGGAGACUCUCCAGUCUCUCCCCGAAGCUACGCUCUUCGAAGAAAACAACGUCUCUCAAGUUUGGCUGGAGGUUGUCGAGAAAUCCGCGAAAUUUCUGCGACAAGUCGUCACAGGUGAUGUGACUGGCAGGUCUUGGUGUCCUGUCCCAGUUUCUGACCAACACACGGCUCUAUGUCUGCUUCUAGAGCUGGUUGCACAACGAGGAACUUUGUCAGGUCUCCUGGACUCGGUUAUUUUGUUGCUCCAUCUAAGUGGAAAGACCAAAAAUCAGGACAACCGAGUGAUACCUCCCGGGAGUUCAGCGCCUCUGGUUCCUCUUCUCCGUCGGCUAAAUUUAAUUCCCGCUCCAAAAUCUCGUCGCCUUGACGAGAAUAUUAUUCCAGGGCCUUGUGAAGUUCUACUAAAAUAUCUGAUCCUUCCAGAAGACGACAAAGUUGCUGUGGAUUUACGGAAAGCCGCUGUGGUGAUAAUGUGCAACUUGAGUCGGCUAGCUUCUCCACACUUACCGCCAGUAAUAACAGACUCGCUGACAAAAAACCAGUCCCAGACCUUCCAAGAAGUGUUAGUCUGGGGUGGAGUUAAAUUUGGCAAUGGUACGUCGCCGUUUUACUGCGACGCGAUUGCCGAGUUGGGAGUCAAGCAGCUCUGCUGCACAGAACGGGCGUUGAUGAUCUUAACGCAGAACGGUAAAGUAUACAUGAUGCACUACGGCUCGGAAACCCAGUACCCGCAGAAAGUUAAUGGCUUCGUGGGUAAAACAGUCAAGAUGAUAGCUUCUCAUCCCGACGGCAAGCAUUACUUAGCUCUGACUGACGAAGGAAUCACCUACAGCUGGGGAAACGGCGACGGAGGCCGACUGGGCCAUGGUGAUACCACUUCCUACGACGAUCCUAAAAUAAUAGACGCCUUGGCGGACAAAAAUGUGACGUUUAUCGCCUGUGGAAGUACUUAUUCAGCAGCAUUGACGGCGAUGGGUGAGCUCUACACCUGGGGAAGAGCCAACUACGGACGCCUGGGCCACGGAAAUUGUGAUGACAUUUCAAUUCCAACGCUAGUCGUCGCUCUUAAUGGCCACGUUGUGGUACACGUAGCUUGCGGAAGUGGAGACUCACAGACUCUCUGUGUCACUGCUUCGGGGAUAGUUUUUUCUUGGGGAGACGGCGACUAUGGAAAGCUAGGUCGUGGCGGUUCCGACGGCUCCAAGAUCCCGAAAAUAGUCGACAAAUUAUUGGACAUCGAUGUGGUGAAGGUUUAUUGCGGAGGUCAAUUUUCAGCAGCGUUGACAGCGCAGGGAGAAAUUUAUACCUGGGGAAAAGGAACGGCUUACCGUCUAGGCCAUGGCAAUGAAGACCAUGUGAGGUACCCGAAGCUGGUCGAAGGACUGAAAGGCAAGAAAGUCAAAGAACUGGCAGUGGGAAAUGUCCUGGUGCUUGCUCUGACAGAAGACCAACAAGUUUACGGCUGGGGUCGCAACGAUUACGGACAAAUAGACCCGGCUCUUGGAUUCACUGUCCCCGAGCCCUGGCUGUGCAGUGCCCUGACCGGCAAGAGCGUGAUCGGGCUGGUCUGUGGGCCGACUCAGAGCUUCGUCUGGUGUCUGUCCACCUGGUCAGUAGCGCCAAGAGUCGCGUUUGUCGUCGAUAUUUGUGAAGAAACUUUUAAAUUGCUAGACAUUUUGCUCGGAAAAUCCUGCGAAGGGCUUCCAGGAACUCGCCCGCCGACUCAAGAUCGAGAAUGUCUAGCAGUAGCGACUCUGAACCUCCUAAGGCUGCAAUUACACGCAAUGAUUUCUCACGGGAUUGACACCAAAUCCGUCGGACUGGGUAACAGUAAUCUUCUUAAUUCUUUAAAACAGCGAUGCGUCAGCCUGGCCAGUGGUCCAGGGAUUCUAGCGACUAUCCAGGAAGCUGCCCAAGCUGUUCUCCAGACUGGCUGGAGUAUUCUGCUGCCCACUGCCAACGAAAGGGCGAAAACACUGUCGGGAUUCUUGCCUAACUCCAACAGCGUCGAGCAGCUGAGCGCGAACAAAGGCCAGCAAUUUAUGGCCGACUUGCUGGUGUCCAGCUUGAUGGCCGACGGAGGUCUGGAACAUGCGCUGAAAGCCGCGAUAAAGGCUGAGAUUGCUGAUAUUUCUGAUGAGAAAGAGACUGUACCUUCUAAUUUAACUUCGCUGGCCAGUGAAACCAAGCAGGCCAAAGAAUUGAACUCGGAGAAAAAUAAUGUUACGAUAUCUUUGUUACAGUUGGUGAAACAGUUGAUAAGGAACGGGUCUUGUGUAUCACAGUCAAGGUUGCAAGUUCUUCAUCACGGUGGGAGAAAUGAUGAUAAAAAAUUAGACAAUUCUCCGAGUUUGAAUCUUCUUUUGCGCUGGCAGAGGUUGUUAAUUGCGCAGAUGUACCAGUGUGUUAAUAAAUCAAACUCUGAAGACUCUCAAGAUCCAGAGAUGGUUGGUGUAGAGUCUCUGCUAAAAAAAUAUACAAUUCAAAUUUGCAAUCAUGUAAAUGAAAUUUUACCUUUGGCUAGUGAGAUUGCUGGGACUUCUAACAAACAUUUUGUCCAUGUUACCACAAUUUUAAAGGGUGAUAUUGUUAAUAUUUUACUACCAGAAUUAGUGAUUUGUUUGAUUUUACUGCAGAUAGAUUACCCGAUGCUCCUGCACUCAAUGAACUGGAUGACAGUGUUUGCUCCAGUGCUAGACGUUCUAGACCAGUUCAACCGGCUAGCACCGACAGUAGAAAAAGACGACGCUGAUGAUUUAUCCUGGCCUGGAAUAAUAGCUCCUCAGCAAGGUAGCAAAGCUCCAGUUACCGAAGAACCGACUUUAAUCCGCUGGGCCGACCUGGAGAACCACAACCGCGACGGAGGUCUGUGGAUCGUCGUGAACAACAACGUCUACGACGUCCAGGACUUUUGUCACGAAGGCUCUUGUACUUUAGAAAUGUUCCAGCGAUACGCAGGCAGAGACAUUUCGACAGUGACAACUCCAGCGCAAUUAAACACCGGAAUGAUGGAUUCUUGCUUCGUGGGGUACUACUGUCAACCCGAGCCCGACUGUACGCAGUUCACCAUCGAAGUUAUGGACGUUUGCUCGUCAUUGCUGGACAUGGAACGGUCCCUGAGCUAUCUAAUGGGCUUGCACGCUCACAGGAUGCGCGAAAGUUUGAAUUUACUGCCGGCAGAAGAAGAAGCUGGUGUCUGGUUGAACGCUAAAUUCUUGCGAGGAGGUCUCCAGGUGCUUCAACCGCCUAAUCCUUACGAAGAAGAGAAAGGAGAAGCUAGAAGCACACAUUCAACGCCUGCUAAUUCUCCAACAGAUCCCGCGGUUCCAAUUUGUAAGGACAAGUUCCAAAAGGUUUCGGACGAUCGAGUCUCAGCGUUCAUCCAAGCUCUUGCAGAGACACACCGUACCAACACCUACGUCCAGACAUUUCUUACCAUGAUAGAUAAGUACAGCAAGGCUAAUAAUUUGCUUUCUCAUGUAGAUUUUUCUGGUGAUCAUCCUCUGGAAGAAGUGGGAAGACUUUUAAUUGCUGUCAUUUUAAAGCAUCUGGCUCUGGGGCAUCACACGCUCGGAUUAGUCGAUCAAGAACUCGCGGAUGGUAAUGCCAAACUGUCCAAGGCUUUGGUGGAGAUGGUCAAGACUAUUCACCAGACAAAGUGGAAUUUAAUACGGACAAGACAACAGCAGAAUCGCAGCUACAAGGAAGUCUGCGCUCCAGUUCAGGAAAAAUGCCGAUUUUUGCUCUACGAAGUAAGACCAGCGACUAGUUACGAGGUCAAAGGCUAUGAAUCUCUAAAAUUGUUGUACACUGUACCGAAAUUCAAACGCGCAGUCCUUGCAGUUAUUAUGGACAUUAAAAAAAAUAAAUCUCCGGCUAAGUUGGACGAUAUUGUCAACACUUCGAUUCAAAAUACAAGGAAAGCCAAGUCAGAAGAGUCACCUAAGGAAGCUACUACACCUACAGCUGCGGCGCCUGAGAAGCUGGAAGACAAUCAGUCGAGUAAGAAUAUUCUGCUCCAGUUGAUUGAGAAGACUAAGACCAAUUCUCUGAUGAUGGAUCCUGGUGAGUUGAUGCUAGAUAUAAUUAACUUUGCCGUCGCUGAAGAAGGCGGUGAUGUAGAGACUCUUCGCCGUGCCAUGUAUUGUCAAAUCCAGAGGGUAAAUAUGCGUGAGAAAGGUAUCAAUAUGAUCCAAGAGUUGCUGAAGAAAGAUUACUUGAUAACUUCUGUUAAAUAUUCGCUGCUGAACGGCUGGCUGGGUCUUGUUCCUGGCAACACUCACCCGUCUACGGGAAUUACUCACAGUUUGAGUAACAUCCAGCUGGUGACACCUUAUCAAAAAGCCAGAGUGAUUUUAGCAGAAGCUGAAGUCAUUUCUUGGGCUGUCCAAGCGCUAAGAGCGUAUGUUAUUCAAGCGGAACUGCCUAGCAAGGAGAAGGUCAGUGGAAAGAGCAGUUUAAAUCAAGGAACUUACACCUGGUUAAGAAAAUUGCCGCGAGCUAGAUUCUUACUCACAAUUUUGGGGAUGUUAACCAGCCACCAUCACGCGAAUGAAAUAGGUUUGUUGAUAAAUUCUGGACUAUUGUCAAGUAUUUUGACUCUUUUGAGACAAAUAGGGCCAGCUGUUAGAGAAGAAUCCUCAAAACAGUGUCCGAGAGACAUUACUGCAAUUUAUGAAGAUGCAGUGCAGAAAAUGAAACCACCGGCAAUUCAAAUGGGUGGUCCUGAACUGGCGGCUCUCAUGAAGAUAGGAACAAGAGUAGUUAGAGGUGUCGACUGGAAGUGGGGUGACCAGGAUGGAACCCCUCCAGGAGAAGGUCGAGUCAUCGGAGAGCUAGGAGAAGACGGCUGGAUCCGAGUCCAGUGGGACAACGGAACUACCAAUUCUUACCGAAUGGGCAAAGAAGGUAAAUAUGACUUGAAACUUGCAGAACCUCCUGCUCCACCUGAAAAUGACUCGGACACCGAGUCACCAGUGGACACCAACAAAAGCGACGAAAGCACUAGCAAGGAAAUCCAUCCAACAACUUAUCUAAAAAGCGCUUCAACAAAUUUACUAAAAAUUUUGCUUCUUUCGUGUGGAGUCAAAGCUGAAGGAGUCCAAAAGUCGGCAAUAACUAUCCUGGCGUCUAUUUUACGUGGAAUUAUUUCCUCUGCGCACCGAACAGACUCGAGUUUGGUGACUCAAUUAGCGCGAGAACAUCACGAAUCAUGGGCGACGCUAGGUUUGCUUAAAACAAUAGCUAAUUCUCAAGCGCUGUGUCACGCGCUGAGUACUUCUGCCUGGGUUGACUUUCUUCUGAGCCUGGUUGCUGAUGAACUGGAGGUGGAUUUAACCAAACAGAUAAUGGCGAUAAGACUUCUGAAAGCUGUUUUAACUUCUUGGGCGCCAGACAGCUGUGAAAUGACACCGUUUUUGGACAAAGUCUUCAAGCUACUGGGAAAUAUCGCGCUGAGCUGCGAAGCUGGUAUCACCACUGAGCUGCAUGUCAACAAAUGCAGGGUAUCCAUCACUGCAUCGCACAGCUCUACUUUAGCAGAAGAACUUGUGGCUUUGAUAAGACACCUGCAUUCCAUGCCGGGUUGGAGUGAAGCUCUAAACACCUAUCUUACUUCCAAAGUGUCUCUAGCAGCAGAUCUGCUGACUGAAGGGCCGCUGUUUCACAUUCAGAUGAACGAAAACGGAGGCGAGCACGGCUCAGUGAUCCAGCAAACUGUGAUGGCGACUUUGAUAGUCAUCGGGGGGCUGGAUGACCGACCAAGGAUCGGAGGACUCGUCGAAAUAGACGGGGAGUAUGGAACCAUCUGUAAGUUUACGCCUCAUUCAAAAUUAGUCUUGCAAAUGCGUGACACUGCAUUGAGAAGAAAAGUUCCUGUUACUAGUGUAGAAAAUAUCCCAGAGAAGUUUCACCUGGACCGAAUGACCAUGAACGAGCCUGUGAUUUCCGCUUGGGCGAAUCUCCUUCUAGGACAUUGCAGAACUGAUCGGAGACCUGGAGGAAUGCCAGUGAUAGCCGGAGUGGUGAAUUCCGGGAUCUUGCGCACUCAGCAAGAGCAUCUGGCGGCUUUGAAUGCAGGAAAAACUUUGCUGAGCUACCAGUCGAAGCUUCGACAGAUUCUGAAGUGCGUCGUAGCUCCAGGAGACGAAGAACGCAGGACUUUGUUCCAAGAACUGUUGACCCGUGCGAUAAAACCUCAACCUCUAAAACCGAUUUUCAAGCGCGAAGAAUUAGAAGCUGCUGCUCUGGCAGUCUCCCAGUACUUGGCUUCUGAACUAAGACACAUUCCUAUCCACAGAACCGGGCUAGCGUCGGAGCCUACCACACCAACCUCAGAUUGUUCUUUGGCUUCGUUGACCUCCAGCCAGAAACGACACUGUCGCAGCAGCAAGAAGAGUCCAAGUCCUUUGGUGACCCAGCUGACCGAGAUGGGCUUCAUGAAAAAAAGUGUUGAGUAUGCUAUAAGAAGUCUCAGCAUCGCCGAAAGCAAUAUCACUCCGGAAACUGUGGUCGCUUGGUUGUUGGAAAAAGCUGACACUGUUUUUGGAGACAUUUCUUCAAGCUCGGAUGAAACUUCGGAUUCUGAUGAGUCUUCGAGCGAGGACCUGGAGGAUUCUCCUUCAGCUCACGACGCAGUAACUCCUACAUACAUGAAACGCUCGGACUUUUUGUCCUUUGAUGAGUACGCUAAUUACGUUCGCGAUAAUAUUUCCGUGGGAAUGCUAGUACGCUGCUGCAAAAGCUACGAGGAAGUCGAGUAUGGAGACAUAGGACAGGUAGUCAAGAUAGAUCCUGAAGGCCUGCAUGACUUGAAUGUCCAAGUGGCCUGGCAGCACAGAGACGGGACCUACUGGGUAAGAUUCAUCCACAUUGAACUUCUAGGUCAUCCUCCAACUUUACCUUGUCCUCCAGCGCUCAAAGUUGGCGACAAAGUUAAAGUAAAGUCUACGGUAGCAGUUCCCAAGUACAAGUGGGGCUCUGUCAAUCACUCCAGCGUGGGAAUUCUCACUGGAAUAAUCAACAACGGAAAGGAUGUGUCUGUGGAUUUCCCGCAACAAAGCAACUGGACUGGCUGUAUGUCAGAGAUGGAACGAGUUCCUUCCUGCCAUCACGCAGUUGCUUGCAAUUCCUGUCAUCUGUCUCCGAUUUCUGGUCCCAGAUUCAAGUGCAAGGUAUGUGAUAAUUACAAUUUGUGUGAAAACUGUUUCUACACCAAGCGAAGUCACCGUCACGGGUUUAACCGGAUCACAGAGCCGGGUUCUGCCGCGGUUUACGCUGGCAAGCCUGGGAGGUACAACAGACAAGACAUCACCGAGUCUUCGUUGAUUGAAGACUGGUCCAAGUGCAUCAGAACUCUGUGCGUGUCCUCGAAGGACAAUUGGGCGACCAGGUUGGUUGACGGGUCAGGUAAAUACUGGCAGAGCAGCGGCGCAAGGGGUAAACAUUGGAUAAGACUUGAAAUGAUGUCGAAUAUACUGAUUGAUUCGUUGAAGAUUGUCGUAGAUCCGCUGGAUGGAAGUUACAUGCCUUCAGUGGUAGCAAUCAACGCUGGAGAUUCCUUCAACAGUCUUCUGGAAUUGACUACGAUUACCGUCAAAAACACUGACACAGUAGUGACGCUGUUGCAAGAUAUGAAGGAGUACUACCCGUGCAUUGAAAUUCUAGUGAAGCAGUGUAGAAACGGAGGAAUUGAUUGCAAGAUCCAUGGGCUGCAAAUUGUAGGAAGAAAAAAGCUGUUUGAAAACCAGCUAGCAGCCUCUGUUUCAUUUCUAGCGUCCGAUUGGGAAGCUGUCCAAGAACAGAUGACAGCCCACCGAGUUGGAGACUUGCAUCAACACUCUGCUGUCUAUGUCUGGGGAUUGAAUGACAAAGACCAGUUAGGAGGGCUCAAGGGCUCCAAGAUAAAACUCCCUAUUUACAGUGAAGUUCUGUCUAAAUUAAAACCACUUCAUAUUUCAGGAGGAAGCAAAACUCUGUUCAUCGUCACUCAGGAGGGAAAAUUGUACGCCUGCGGCGAAGGAACCAACGGGAGACUGGGACUAGGCGACAACAACAAUGUCUGCGAGCCCAAGCAGAUUCCCUUUUUGAGCCAAUAUAUAAUCAAAAAAGUCGCUGUGCACUCCGGAGGCACCCACGCGCUGGCGUUGACCCAAGACAGCAAAGUCUUCUCCUGGGGAGAGGGAGAGGACGGAAAGCUAGGUCACGGAAACCGUCUGUCUCUGGACAAACCGAGGUUGAUAGAAGCAUUGAAGUCCAAGCGAAUUAGAGACAUCGCUUGUGGUUCCGGGCACUCUGCAGCGAUUGCUAGCAAUGGAGAGCUCUACACCUGGGGCUUGGGUGAGUACGGACGUCUAGGUCACGGAGAUACUGUGACUCAACUGAAACCUAAGCUUGUAGAAGCUUUGGUAGGUCAGCGAGUCGUCCAAAUCGCUUGUGGGAGCAAAGAUGCCCAGACUCUGGCGCUAACUGAGGACGGAAGCGUUUAUUCUUGGGGAGAUGGUGACUUUGGCAAGCUUGGAAGAGGUGGAAGUGGUGGAUGCUACAGCCCGCUGCUGAUUGAUAGAUUAAACGGACUGGGUGUCGUGCAAAUAGAGUGUGGAGCUCAAUUUUCUCUAGCUCUGACCAAGUACGGGGAAGUUUGGACCUGGGGAAAAGGCGACUACUACCGACUGGGCCACGGAAAUGAUCAGCAUGUCAGGAAGCCGACGGUGGUUGAAGGUCUGAGAGGCAAGAAGAUAAUUCACGUAGCUGUAGGAGCGCUGCAUUGUCUUGCAGUGACCGACUCUGGCCAAGUCUACGCCUGGGGAGACAAUGAUCAUGGCCAGCAAGGCAACGGAACGACUAUUGAUAACAGAAAGCCUUCUUUGGUCCACGGCCUGGAAGAGGUCAAGAUAAACCGCGUGGCUUGUGGAUCCAGUCACAGUGUAGCCUGGGUGUUGACUGACCAGCCCUCGGCGAACAACCAGGAACCAGUGACCUUUCCUACCGCGAAAGAUCCGCUGGGUCAAGCUUCUUUGGGCUUCGGCGACUCAUCAGAAUCCAGUGUCUCGACGACGGACAAAGGCACUCGUCCGUCUUUGUCCAGCAUAAUCUUGUCUUUGGAGAGCAACGUUGCUAAGCAGCAAGCUCUUCAGCACGUGAUCAACGCGUUGUAUAUCAUGCAAGCUCGCACUGCCAUUGUCACCGCGUUGAGGAACCACACCGCGUUGACGUCCACGAAGAAUCUUCCUCAAGAGGCUUCGAUUGAUGGUACCAUGAGUGGGAGUGUUGGACACACAGUCUACCAAAAUGUCGGAGAGAUUUCUCAAGGCGGCGGAGAAGCUCCUGCAGUUGUCAAUGAUCAGCCAUCGAGUCCUCGAGCCACUCCAGCUCUAGAAGACUAUCCUGUCAUCUUUCCUUCAAUGUCCAGUUCUGCGAGUUUGUCAUCACGCGCGUCUAAAAUGAGCACUAGCGCGAUGAGUGUCAUAGCAGCGACUUUGACGUCUCACGCACAAGUUAUUGGAGAUGGUCCCGAAACUGGGCUCGAUGAAUUCACAUCGACGUUGACGGAAGACGACGCUAGAAUGCUGGUAGAUUUGGUGAAGUUAGCGGUGGCUAAUCGCGUCUGUGAUAACGCUAAGGAUAUUAUUUCCUCGGUUUUGAUAGCGCUUGCUAAAUCAAAUUCAGCUAUUAAAAAUAUGUUAUUAGAAUUGUGUGUUACAGAAUUAGAAGACACGGCAGCUAAUUCUAAUUGUAUUAGCAAGUCACCUCAGCCGGUGGUUCAAGAGACUCCUCAUCCGUAUAUUGAUGACACUACCUUGACAGGACACGUUAAAAUUCCAGGAGCUGAAGCUUUGAGAGUUGAAUUUGACCGUCAAUGCUCUACAGAACGCCGUCAUGAUCCGCUGACAAUAAUGGACGGUGCAGGAAGAGUUGUCGCAAUAAGAUCUGGCCGCGAGUGGUGCGAAUGGGAAACCGAGCUACGGGUCCAAGGUGAUGAAUUAUACUGGAGAUUCAUGUCAGACGGCUCUGUCAAUGGAUGGGGCUGGAGAUUCACCGUUCACCCUAUAGUCGCAAUUCUAGCUCCUCAUGAACUAGGAUCAGACCGCGCUGUCUUGACUCAGCCCUCGAUAACUUUAGCAGAGUGUCUUUUGGACAACAGUUUGAUAAAUUCCGACAAAAGCAUUGUCACCAGAUUAGCAGCAACUCUAGCUCAGUGCAGCCAACUGAGUCUUCUGACGGCUUCACAGCGAAUGUGGGCGUUGAAGAAACUCCAAGUGGUCUACUUGAAUGGUCCAGGUAUCAGAGCAGACGCUGCUUUGUCAUCGCUGAUCGGGUCGCUUCCCCAAGCUCUUCUUCGGCAGUACGAGUACGAAGACCCGAGUGUCAGAGGAGGUAAGCAACUAAUGCACAGUGACUUUUUCAAAGUUUUAGUGGCGCUGGCGUGCGACCUAGAGCUGGACAGCAUGCAGUGCUGCUCGGAAAUCCACAAGUGGUCCUGGUUCAGGCGCUACUGCCUCGCGGCGAGAGUAGCCAAGUCUUUGAUCAACCGGACAGCUCUGCCCAAGUCAUUCUGCGUGGAAGUGACCAAGCGAAUGGUAGAAAUGACCGCCGAUGGAGACGGUUCCAAAGAUCAUGAAGAUCAUGAGUUGUUCAAGCGGGAGCACGAUGAACAGCUGUUGCUGUGGGUCAACAGAAGGCCUGAAGACUGGACCUUGUCUUGGGAUGGUUCGGGAGCAAUCUACGGCUGGGGACACAACCACCGGGGCCAGCUGGGAGGUCUAGAGGGUGCUAAAAUAAAACUACCUUCACCCUGUGAAAGCUUGAGCGCUUUGAGACCUAUCCAGCUUGCUGGCGGCGAGCAGACUUUGUUUGCAGUUACAGCAGACGGUAAAAUCUACGCAACUGGAUACGGAGCUGUCGGAAGACUAGGAAUCGGUGGAACUGAUUCGGUGAUUAUUCCUACGCUGCUGGAGUCUAUCCAGCAUGUGUUUAUCAAGAAAAUAGCCGUGAAUUCCGGAGGUAAGCACUGUCUAGCUCUGUCCUCGGAAGGGCACGUGUAUUCUUGGGGUGAAGGCGACGACGGAAAGCUGGGCCAUGGCAACAGAAUUUCUUACGACCGGCCCAAGUUGAUUGAAGCGCUGCUGGGGACUGAGAUUGUCGACAUAGCUUGCGGAGGGCAUCACAGCGCAGCGGUGACCAGCGCGGGUUUGCUGUACACCUGGGGAAAAGGAAGAUACGGCCGGCUGGGCCACGGGGACAGCGACGACCAGACUAAGCCCAAGCUAGUAGCAGCUCUCCAAGACUACAAAGCCGUCGACGUCGCUUGCGGAAGCGGAGAUGCCCAGACUCUUUGCGUCACUGACGAUGACAACGUCUGGAGCUGGGGAGACGGUGAUUACGGAAAGCUGGGCCGGGGUGGGAGCGACGGAUGCAAGACCCCGAUGAAGAUCGAGUCGCUAGCAGGAUUGGGAGUCAUCAAAGUUGAGUGCGGGAGCCAGUUUUCCGUCGCACUGACUCGUUCUGGAGCCGUCUACACCUGGGGAAAGGGAGACUAUCACCGCCUGGGUCACGGUACUGACGACCACGUCAGAAGACCGAGGAAAAUCGCAGCUUUGCAAGGUAAGAAGAUAAUUUCUAUCGCAACAGGCUCGCUGCACUGCGUAGCUUGCUCAGAUAAAGGCGAAGUGUUCACUUGGGGCGACAACGACGAAGGACAACUGGGAGACGGGACUACCAGCGCGCUCCAACGCCCCAGACUGGUCCACGCUCUCCAAGGGAAGAAAAUAACGCGAGUUGCCUGCGGAAGCGCGCAUACUCUGGCUUGGAGCACCAGCAAGGCCACUUCAAGCCGGCUGCCCGCUACUACGCCGAUGGAGUACGACCUGGUGAAAGACUUGCCAUCUUCAGCGCUGCACAAUCGCCUGGUUCUGCUUCACUACUUCGCAGAGCUGCUCUGUCCUUCAUUGGUGAUGUUCUCGACUAGCGGCCCAGUGGGGCUGAACAAGCUGGCGCCGAUGCUGGUCUACAGCAUCAAGGAGGCGACCUUCAGGAAGGUGGUCCAAGCGACCAUGGUCAGAGACCGUCAGCACGGUCCGGUGAUCGAGUUGAACAGGAUCCAGGUUAAGAGAGCUAGAGGGAAAGGUGGUCUUGCUGGUCCGGAUGGAAUCAAGUCAGUUUUUGGGCAGAUGGUGGCCAAGAUGUCGCUGCUUACUCAAGAUGUCCUCUUUCUGCCUCACAGAGUUUGGAAGGUUAAGUUUGUGGGUGAGAGUGUCGAUGACUGCGGAGGUGGAUACAGUGAAAGCAUCGCUGAGAUGUGCGAUGAGCUGCAGAAUGGAUCACUGCCGCUAUUUAUCCCUACGCCCAACGGCAGAGACGACAGCGGGACUAACCGGGAUUGCUUUCUCCUAAACCCUGUUGCUAAGUCGCAGCUACAUUUGAGCAUGUUCCAGUUCCUGGGGAUACUCAUGGGCAUCGCAAUCAGAACCGGCAGCCCGCUGAGUUUGAACCUGGCUGAGCCGAUCUGGAAACUUUUGGCUGGAAUAGCGCUGACUCCUGCUGAUCUGACUGAAGUAGACCGGGAUUAUGUCCCCGGACUCCUCUGCAUUAGAGACAUGGACCCGGAUGAGAAAGUCUUCCAGACUCUGGAGAUGCCUUUCUCGACACCCUCUGCUGUGGGCCAUGAUGUUCCUCUCUCCACUCGCUACAGGAAAAUAACUCCCGAAAAUAGGCACGAGUACGUCAGGCUGGCGCUCAACUAUCGGCUGCAUGAGUUUGAUUCUCAGGUCGCCGCUGUCAGGGAAGGAAUGUCCAGGGUCGUUCCAGUUCCUCUGCUAGCUCUGUUCAGUGGCGCUGAGUUGGAGACCAUGGUUUGUGGAAGCCCCGAUAUUCCGCUGGGGCUACUCAAGUCUGUUGCGACUUACAAAGGUGUUGAAGCCACUUCUAGUUUGGUUCAGUGGUUCUGGGAGGUCAUGGAGGAGUUUUCUAAUCAGGAGAGAUCCUUGUUUUUGAGAUUUGUUUGGGGCAGGACCAGGUUGCCGAGGACUAUCGCUGAUUUUAGAGGCAGAGAUUUUGUUCUACAGGUAAUGGAUAAAUACAAUCCUCCGGACCACUUCUUGCCAGAAAGUUACACCUGUUUCUUCCUGCUGAAGAUGCCAAAGUACUCUUGCAAAGCAGUACUGAGACAAAAACUAAAGUACGCGAUACACUUUUGCAAGAGUAUCGACACUGAUGAGUACGCAAGAGUCCAAGCUGCGACAAAUUCCGACACCGAUGACACUGACAGCUUGGCCAGUGAAGAGCAUACGUCCCUUUAG